AUGUCAGACUCGGAGGAUGAGAGUCUAGACCGACAGCUGAAAAUUGUAAUUAUCGGAGACGGAGCCUCUGGAAAGACGUCUAUUGCCACCCGGUUUGCUCAGGAGGCCUUUGGCAAGCAGUACAAACAGACGAUAGGACUGGAUUUCUUCCUCAAGAGAAUCACCCUGCCAGGAAACUUGAAUAUCACUCUGCAAGUUUGGGAUAUUGGAGGCCAAACGAUUGGAGGGAAAAUGUUGGAUAAAUACAUCUAUGGAGCCCAGGGUGUGUUUCUGGUCUAUGACAUCACCAACUCUCAAAGUUUUGAGAACCUGGAGGACUGGCUGAGCAUGGUGAAGAAAACCAAUGAGGAAUCUGACGUACAGCCUGUCAUCAUGCUUGUGGGAAACAAAAUUGAUCUGGAGCAUAUGAGGACUGUGAAGCUGGAUAAACAUCAACGUUUCUGUCAGGAGAAUGGACUGAUCAGCCAGUUUGUUUCAGCUAAAACAGGAGAUUCAGUAUACCUCAGCUUUCAGAGAUUGGCGGCAGAGAUUGUGGGUAUAAAGUUGAACAAGGCAGAGAUAGAGCAGUCACAGCGAGUGGUGAAGGCUGACAUUGUGAACUACAGCCAGGAGUCUGUGGCAAGGACAGUUAAUCCCCCACGCAGCUCCAUGUGUGCGGUGCAGUGACCCCUCAUCCCCACU